ACCAUUCGCACUACACCACCAAACAACACAAUAAUACUGUGGCUGGUCGUCCGUGUUUUGUAUAAUAUUUACGUUUUAGUUGAACUGAGAUUAUUCCCGGUUAUUGUAUUUUUUUUUCUUUCCUGUUCUAAUUGUCAUUUUGUUCCUGGAGUUCUGGCUAGUUCUAUUGCCCCACUGUCUGCCCAGCGACUGUUUAUUUAACCGCCGUUAAAAACCCCGCCACCGCCACCGCGACGACGACGACAACGACGACCACGACCACGACUCCGGAGCCGAAUAGCCGCCACAGCCCUGCAGCCGCCGUUAUCGUACGUUCACAGACCGCGCCAUGGUCUUGAUCAAGGAGUAUCGUAUUUGUAUGCCACUUACCGUAGAAGAGGUAAGAAAAAAAAAAUAUACUAUCUAGGUACCAAAUGUAUAAUCCUUAUAUAACAACAUGGAUAUAAAACGGGGACGCGUUUUUAACGGCACAACGCCACGACCUCCAGUGGCAACGGUCGGGGCCUUUUCGUUCGUCUCACCGAUCCCUACUAAAGGGCUCCUCCCGAAACCUUAGAUGGUUUUUAUACUCCGAACGGGUACCAAAAAAAUUAUCCUAAGAAUUUUCAACAUUUGCAUAUCAAAUUUUCGGCCUUACGUUUAGCCAAUGCGACGUUUCGGCGCGUCUUUUCAAUUGUCAUUCAAAUGUGUGUUGAAAAUUUCUAUAGGUUCCCGCCAUUCUACAACUGUGAACUUCCAUGGAUUGCGCUCAAUGUUCAGUUCAUUUGUAUUGACAUUUUGUUCAGUGUUUACAUACUCCAUUCUGAUUGUUUUGAACAACCAGAAGAAACUCUUUAAGUUUUAACUACAAAUGAUUUUUGUUGAUUAUUGUCUGAUUUAGUCUACUGUUCCAGAGCUAUCUUGAAAUGAUUUUUAUAUGACAACGCUAAUUAUAAUAUUGUAAACGGACAUAUUCAAUACCUGAUCAUAAUAUUUAGUUUUUGUUCAUAAAUAUUCGAUGAAUACAUUUGGAUAAUGUCUACUGAUUUAUAAGGUUUGUUUCAAAUUGUUUAAGUAUAAUAAUAAUUUUUUUUUUUUUUUUUGUUUUUGUUUUUUUUUUGAAUUAUUUUGAGUAGGUACUUGAAUUGAAAUUUAUAAUUUUUAUAAUAGCCUCUUUGUUUUUUUUAAUUUAUAAAAGAGCAUAUUUAUAUUAUAUAUUUUAAUAACAUUAUACAUAUUAUUUAGGUAAUUUAUCAUUUUUUACUUUCUAUUUAUAUUUUAAGAUUAAGGUACCUAUAGGCAUUUAUUGUUUUUUCGGUAAUUUUCAUUUCGUAGGUAUGAUAAUCAAUGUUGGGACAUGUUAAUCUAAUCAAUAUUCUAGUAUCGGAUUAAAUAUUUUGAUACUUUAAACCUUUCUUUAGUUUUCAAAUUUGUAUGAGAAUAAGGUAGGUACCCUACCUUAUUUGUUUAUAGCAAGCCUUCUAUAUUAAUAUGUCAAUUAAUUUGUAUAACAUUAUUUAAAAUAUGAUACCUACUUUAAAAAAUUAACCUUUUUUAACACAUUUUCAUCACUUUUUUUCAUGUUAAAUUGAUUCAUUGAGGCCGUUCAGAUCAAUAUAAUAUAUUCAAAUAAAAAGAUAUUUGGUUAAAAAAAAAAAACUUCCUUGUUAAUAACUCUUGUUAGUACCUAUAUCUGUUGGAACAUUCCUUUAAUCUUUAUGUUUUAUAAAGUAAGGAUUUUUAUUUAUCUGUCUUAAAUUUCUAUCACAGUAAAAUUAAUUUUAUCAGUUAAUAAAUAUAUGCUGCAGUUUUUUGGUUAUUAAGUAUGUAUGAAAACAAUAUUAAUAGGUAUAUUAAUUGAUUAUUUUUCAAAUUAUAGGUAUUGUUAAUACCACCCAUCUAAAAUAAGAUAAAUAAAUGACUAUAGGUGUAAUCAAUAAACAUUUCUGCAUUUUAGUUUGUGAAUUUUAAAUUUCAUUAAAUUAUUUUCAACAUCAAUUAUAACUAUAAAACUAUAAAAAAAUAUUUUGUAAUAAAAAUUGCGUAGCUUUCAAUGUGGGUGUACGGCUUGGAGCCCCGGCCUAAAUAUGCCACUGGUUCAAAAUAACAAUUUUUAGUUUAAUAAGCUAAUAGUAAGGAAAAUUAUUUCCUGAAGUUGAUUUUGUUGAUUUUAUUUUCCAAUUUUUAUUUACUUUUCAUUACCUGGAUAUUUUUUUAAAAUAACUAACUUAAUAUUUCAUCAAGAUUUUCUAUUUGAACAUUUCUGUAUUUUCUUUUGAUAAACCUACAAUUAAAACUGGAUUUUUAAAAUUGGAGUAGCUUUCCUAAUAAGAUAGUUAUUGUAAUCAAUACCAAUUAAAUACAUUGAGAAUAAAUAUAUUAAUCUUUUAAUGGGUGUGAAUUGUGGAAAUUAAAUUAAUUUACUAAUGCCUAACUUUCUAGUAUGUUUAUUUUUAUAAAUUGUUUUGAUUAUAAAAUUAUACUUACAUAAUAACUAUAAAUUGUAUUUUCAGUAAUGCAAAUAUUAGUAAAUUCAAUUAGUGCAAGUAAAAAUAGGUCCUCUAAUAUUUAUUUGUUUAAUAUUUGGUUAAUAUGACCUGAAUUUUAAAUUGAGCAGUUAUUCGUCAGAUAAAUUACUUAUUUAGCAAAUACACAUUCAAUAAAGUGAUCAGUGCAGUUAUAUAUAAAAUUAUCUUCCAAAUAACAAUUUGACAAAUAAAUAAUAACGAUUAAUUACUUCCCAGAUUAUUUUUAUAAAUAUUUGUCAAAAUUAUUACUGUUUUAUCGUACUUCAAUUAACAAACGAAAUAGCAAAAUCUAUCUUACGCAGUCUGCAUAGAAUUUGCUGAAAUCUGGUUUUAGAGUAAAAGCAUCUAUUAUAAAAUUAAAAUAGGACAAUAUUUGGGGGGACAUGACAAUUUUUUUUUUUAAAUUCAUUAUUUAUUAUGUUAUAGUCAUUUAAAAACUAUAAAUUAGGUUUAAUUAUUUAACGAUAUAUUGAACAUUAUAACAAGAUCAAUAAUUAGAAUAAAAAAAAAAAAUGCAUCAUCUUGCCUUCCGAAAUAUUGUCCUCUUUUAAUUUUAUAAAAGAUGUUUUUAUUCUAAAACCAAAAUUAAGCGAGUUCUAUGCCGAUUGUAUAAGGUAGAUUUUGUUAUUUCAUCCGUUGUUCGGAGUGAAACAGCACAUGCAGGUAUAGCGUCCUUAAACAAAAUACACCUUAAAAUAAAAAAAAGGGACAUAAUAUAAUUUGUAUUCUUUUUACUUCUUGCUUAAAUGUAGCGAAUAAGACACACACACUCACACAGAUAUAUACAAUAUAGUGUAGUUAAAAUAUUGGACUUGAUAUUCUUUUUAUAAGUUACAUAUUAGACCACUCCAGGUGCAUACAUUUGUUGUUGCAUUUAAAUAUUAAAUAACAUAGAACCAUGUUGGAACAAAAAUGAACUUAAAUAAUACAAAUUAACUACUAUUUUUAUUGUUUAUAAAAUAUAAUUUAUUAUCAUUUUUAAUUAUUUAUUCCAGAUAAUUUAUAUUUCUGGUAGAAAAAGUGUCUAUUCUAAGUUACCUAUUCUGUGCUUAAUUUAUCAAAUAGCUUUAUUCUUACACUGAAAACAUUUAUAGUUUUUAAUUUUUUUUUCAGUUUAAUAAUUUGUGUUAUUGACAAAUAAAUGUGAUUGAAAAACUUGGCCUAAAGAUUGAGAGUUAAUAAACAAAUCUACAAUAUACAAUAUACAAAUAUACAUCUUAAUUUUUUAUCAUAACUAUUUAAAAUUAUCAUAAGAGUUAAAGGAAUUACACAUAACAUACUUACCUGCUUAAUACAAUUAUUACUUAUUAGACAAUUUAAUUUAACGUUACUGUCUGGAAUGAGGGUAAAAAGUUAAAAAGUAUUGUAAAUAACAUCAUAAAAUGAUCUGUAAUGAUUAAAAAAACCAAAAUCAAUGUAGUAUUUUGAUAAAUAUUUUUGAUAAAAUAGGAACUAUUGAAUUGGUCAUAUUUAAAUUUUAUUAUGUUGUGUUGUAGGGUCAUAUCUUAUGAUCUUUAUAUUUAUUCACCAUUUAUUCCAUUUGUAUACACCUAACCAUAUUAUCAUUUACAUGUUAUUAUGUUUAUCACACAAAUAACUGUAUAGGGCUUAAGUAGGUAUCUUAUCAUACAAGUCAACAUAUAAUUUUAUAGUAUAAUAUUGGACUAAUAUGUCAUCUCCCAACUUAAAGUUAUCAUGUUUUUAAGUUUACAUUUGUGUAACUAAUUUUUGGGUAACCCAUGGUUUUGUAUAAUAAAUGGCAUUUAAAUUAAAAGUCCGACAAUAGUUCCUAAAGCUAUAUCAUGGUAAGCAGAUAUUUUCUGCUUUCCAUAAGGGGUAUGAGACUUGGGGGCGGCUUUGUAAUGUCACUUGAGUUGGUGAUUGAAGUCAUUAGGUCUAGACUCCAGAGUGCUGUUCUCCACAUUUUAACUUUGACUGUUUUAGAUUAGUGGAAACAUAAUGAUAAAAAUGAUAAUAUGGUUUAUAUACUCAACAAUUGUUAUUUAUUUAGGUAUUUUAUGUUAACUUUUGUCUAUGUACUUUGUAAAGUUAAAAGUUAUAUGGGAAAUAAAUAUUAUGUUUUUGAAUUAUAUAAUUAACAAAUUAUAUAUAUUUGUUAUUUAUUUGAUUAUAAAAUAUUUGUAUAAUCUAUACAUUUCAUCAAACUAUACUUAGGUAUUAUUGUAGAAUUAGUAAUUUUUUUUUAUUCUCAUUGAUUAGUUUUUUUUGUGUGUAUACUUAUGCUUUAUAGGUAUACACAUUUUUUUUCUUUUUUAAUAUCUAAGUAAGUGCUAACUUAAUGUUGAUAAAAAGUCCAUAAUAAUCUGAUAAUUUAGUAUAAUUUAUAGUUCUUUAUUUUAUUUUGUGUAUAAUUGUUUUUUUAUAUGUUGUUGUUAUCAAUGAUAUUAAAAUUGUUCUGUUUUGUUCUUUAAUUAUGUGGUACUCAUAUUUUUAAAUUAUGAUUGAAUGGAAACUUUGGGCAUUUUUAAAUUUCUUUUUAAUUUUCUUACAAACAACUUAGAAAGUGAAUUUUAUGAUUUUUUCAACUAUAAUAUGAUUUAUAUUAUGUGUUAUUUCUACAGUCGAAGGUAAGUAAGUAAAAACAAACUUUGAUUUAGAUUAUUUGAGCUUUAUAUACCAUCAUAUAUUUAUAUAUUCACUUUUCAGAAAUAAAUCUAGUGUCCCCAAAGUUUCCACUUCAAUUUGAUUUAUCAACUAGUAUAAAUAUAUAUACAGUAAUAUAAUGUUAACUUAGAAUUUUUUUUUUAAUAUUCUUUGUGUUUUUGUUUUAUUGCAGAUUAUUAAAAGAAUAUAUUGUUGUUGAAUAUUGAACGUACUGAUAAAAUGGAAACAAGAAUAGGUGUACCUUCAACUCCAGUAUUAAAAUGGAAGAAAAUUGUUGAUCCUCUUGGACCACAACCAAGACCACGCCACGGACAUCGAGCAGUUACUAUCAAAGAUCUUUUAAUUGUUUUUGGUGGUGGAAAUGAGGGAAUUGUAGAUGAAUUACAUGUUUAUAAUGCAGCAAAUAACCAAUGGUUUAUACCCCAGACGUCUGGUGACAUACCACCUGGGUGUGCUGCAUAUGGCUUAGUUGUUGAUAACACUAGGCUACUUAUCUUUGGUGGUAUGGUUGAAUAUGGCAAGUAUUCAAAUGAACUAUAUGAAUUACAAGCAAGUCGGUGGCAUUGGAGUAAACUUUCACCAAGACCUCCUCUUUACCACAUGUCACCAUGUCCGCGACUAGGUCAUAGUUUUACAUUGAUAGGUAAUAAAGUUUACCUAUUUGGAGGGUUAGCUAAUGAUAGUAAUGACCCAAAAAAUAAUAUACCACGUUAUUUGAAUGAUCUAUAUACAUUAGAUAUAUCUUCACCAGAUGCUUUAGCCUGGGACAUACCAGAAACCGUUGGUGAUUUUCCACCUCCUCGAGAAUCACACACUGCAGUAGCUUAUACUGACUCUAGAGGAAAAUGUAAACUUAUCAUUUAUGGUGGUAUGAGUGGUUGUCGGCUAGGUGAUCUAUGGACAUUAGAUAUAGAUACUAUGUCAUGGAACCGACCUAUUGUUUUAGGUCCUAAACCUCUACCAAGAUCUUUGCAUACGGCAGUGACCAUAAAAAAUCGUAUGUUUGUUUUUGGUGGUUGGGUUCCAUUUGUUGAAGAAGUGAAGUUGCCUAUACACGAAAAAGAAUGGAAAUGUACUAAUCAGUUGGCUUGUCUUAAUUUAGAAACAAUGACAUGGGAAGAAUUAAAUAUAGACACGAAUGAAGAUAAUAUGCCUAGAGCUAGAGCAGGACAUUGUGCAGCAAAUAUCCAAACAAGAAUGUAUGUGUGGUCUGGCCGAGAUGGUUAUCGGAAAGCAUGGAAUAAUCAAGUCUGUUGUAAAGAUUUAUGGUAUUUAGAAGUAGAUAAACCUUACAGGUGUGCUAAAAAUCAGUUGGUUCGAGCAUCUACUAAUGCAUUAGAAGUUGUGUGGAAUAAUAUACCAACUGCUGAUGCUUAUAUUUUACAAAUUCAAAGGUAUGACCAACCAAUCGACUCAUCUACUCAGACUGUACCAUCAAUGAUUGACUAUUCAUUAUUACCUUUCUUGACACCUGAGUUGGCUAAAACAAAUAAUUACAAUUAUAAUGAUUGCCAAAUUGUCCUUCCAAAUUCUUCUAAAGUUGGAAGUCCUGUUAAACCAAAUCAAACGAUUUUACCUCAGGGUUCUACUGUUAACUCUCCAUCUUUAAUAAAAGAUCAACAGUUUGUCCCUGUUACUGCUCAAGCGUCUGGAAAUAUGAAAAUAAAAACUGUUCAGAGUACUAAUGUUACUCCUUCAUUGCCACAGAAUUUGAAAUCAACAAGUCCUGUUACGUCAAAGACGAAUCCUGGAUUUGGUAAUGCUCCUUCAAUAGAUGCUUUGUCAGAUACUGGUAUGCACACGCUUGCAGCUGCAGCAUCAGCUACUCAAAAGAUUAAAACUGCUGUUUCUAAACAAUCUGAACAUUCAAAAUCUGUGAUUAAAACAUCAAGCACACCAUUUAAGAUUGUUCAGACACAAAGGUCAAUAAAAAAUGUUAUUUCUCCUGUAAACACUACAGCUCCACAGCAACAGGCCGUUCGUAUAGCAGGCCCGGCUUUGCAAACUUCUGUAGCUGGAACAGUUAUUAAAACUGGAUCUAAUGUUUUUGGAAAACAAGUGAUUUUUCAAAAACCAGGUGGUUCACCAUCCAAUUUUGUUACUUUGGUCAAGACUAGUCAAGGUAACCUUAUACAAGGUAUUCCAGGGAAAAUGAUUGGAACAACUACACCAACUAAAAAUAUGCAAUCGUCAGUUCUUAAAUUCAUCAAUCCUCCCAUAAAUCAGCAAAGUACACCUAUUAAAACAAAUCAAACCAUGAAAACUGUUCCAUUAAAGACUGUAGGGACAAGACUACCAGUUGCUGCUAACAAACCAACUAUAGUUAUUCAAAAAGGCAAUCCAAACAGAUCAGCUUCUCCACAAAUUAUAAUUGUAACAACUGGUUCAAAUCUCAGGGGUAUACAGACAUUUUCAUCAUCCCAGACUAAUAUGACCAAUCGCACUAGUGUAACUAAUACACCUGUACAAAUGGUAAUGGUAUCAUCAGGUGGUAAUACCCCAACUGGAAGUAAACCUAUCACUAUAACUAUGGCAGCAGGAGCAGGUAAUCGGAAAAUGGUUACACUAGGCAAAUCAAACUUGACUGGAAUGACAAUCGGUGGUAAACCUGUAACACUUCAAAUGGUUAGUGGUCAAAAUAACAUGACUAUUUUAACUUCCAAUUCCGGUAGUAAUGUAGUUCAGUUAAAGAACACAAAUAUUGUGAACACACCCAGUACACCUCGGUCCGCUGGAAUAAAUUCAAAAGUACCGUCCUCAGUAAAAUUAUCUUCUGAUUCACCAGCUAGUACUGAAUCAGCAUUAACUCAAUUGGCUGUAGAAGCAGGAAUCAUCGAUUCAUCCAAUAAAGGAAUCAACGAUAUGGACGAAUCUACUGAUUAUACCAAAGACGAAUUGGAAAAUCUCAUUCGGGAAGAAGGAAUUGAUAAUCUAGGAGUUGAUAUAUCCGAUAUCAACAAUGCAGAAAGCACUUCAGGUGUUAUGACUGAAUAAGAAACUUCAUUCUGGUGACUUAUUGUUCAUUGCUAAUCUAUUUUUAUUAUAGUUAAUUUUGUAUUUUAAUUUGUCUAUGUAGGCAUAUUUCACUUUAGCCUAUCUCCUCUAGCCUAUCAGAUAUAUUGUAUACUAUAUUUUUCAUAUAAUGUUUUUUCUAAUCACAGAAAAAUAUGGGUAGUUGUAAUUUUAUUAUGUAAAUACAAUUUUGUAUAAUAUAUAAAAACAUAGUUUGGUAAAAAACGUUAAUUUACAUGAAUUAUUUUGGUUUAUAUGAUAAUUUUUUUUUUUUUUUUUUUUUUUUUUUUUUUUAAAUAGCCCAAUUUGUUAUUUCAAGUGUUUAUAACAUUAAAGAUUUAAUCAUGGGUAUUUUAUUAAUUAAUAUUUUUAAGAAUUUUGGUUGUAUGAAUAUAUGUAGGUAACUACAAUAUAGUUUAUGACCCAAUACUUUUUAUGAAAUUUGCGUAUUCUGUACACAAAAAAAAAUAAACCAAGGUUUUUAAAGGAAUAGAUUUUAUAAAAGAAAUACAAAGCUAACAAUUUUGUAGUUUUUAUUGAAAUUAGUACUUAUUUUUUCGAUCCAUAAUUAUUUAUUUGUAAGUGUUUUUAAAACUUACUUGAAUUAAUUAAUAUAUAAACUAAAAAUACAUAUUAAGCGGUAUUUACUUAAUUAAUAUAAUAAAUUAAUAAUUUAAGUUAAGGUUAUUUUAGUCAUUUACUUCCAUUUGGUUUCUGUUCUAAUUUCAUCGAACUAUCUAAUUUUCUCUUCAAUAUAGGACAUUUUGUAAAAUUAUUGUAUAUUAAUUUACAAUGGAAAAAUGUUUAUGUGUCAAUAGAAAUUAUAAUCUAAUGAAUUUUUUUUUUUCUAGAAUGAGUCUUUAAACCUAGGUUCGGUUAAAAAAAAAAAAGUUCGUUCUGGUUCUUGGAAUAUUGGUUUUGAUUCUUGGUAAUAUUAGUUUCGGUUAAUAUUACUUCCAAACUUCAGCUUAAUUUAAUUUUUAUUUUUUUCAAAGGUUUUCCUCUUCACCUUGUUACUGCAACCAAACAUCUCUUUCAAUUAAUACUGGCUUUUAAAUUUUCAUUGUUAAGUUAUAUAACAAAAUACAGUUGUACAAUUUAUUUAUGAAUUAUGAUUAUUAAAUAAUCUUUGUUUAUUUCUGUAUGUACAUUUUAAAACUCCUGUGCGUGAUAGAUCAUGCACAGAUUGACAGAACAAACUAUUAAUAUUUCAGUCAUAUAGAGAACAUUUACUAUCUGAUUGUUGCAUAGAUUAGCUGAAUUUUAUUAAAGAUUAUUGAGUCAAAAACUAUAAUGUAGAAAAUAGGUAAGCUUAUGUGAAAUGUAGUUUUAAAAUUUUAGGACACUACUAUUUUUAUCAACCAGUCUGACAUCUUGUAUUCAACAGUAAUUUAUGCUGUACAAGUGAUAUUAUUUUGAUCCUAUUGUAUUAUAACUACAGUGAAUCAUAAUUUUGUGAGCAAGUUCUCACAAUAACAAUAUAGUGUUAAUAUAAUAAUAAUUUAUAGGCAUCAUAUAUUUUAUUAUAAUUAAAAUAAAUUCCUGAUGGAAAAUUUUAUUGUUUUAAAUUUUUUUUUUAAAUGCAGUUACGCUGUAACAUUAAUGGUCAUACGAUUAUGAUUGUCAUUAUCUGAUGGUUUAAAUUUUGCUAUUUUUAUACUCGAACCUAGAAUUAUAUUGGCUUUUGUUACUCUAAAUAUUGUCAAAUUUUAAACCAUUGUUUAUAUCACAAAGGAAAUAUCUUAAAGCAUUUUGUAAAUUAUGCACUUGAUUCUUAAUUAAUCUGAACGCAAAUUGGGUUUUAUUGUAGAUGCACCCAGAAUACAGAUGGCCUAUUGGAUAUGACAUUGAGAAAUAAUAUCAUUGAAUACUUUUUAUUAUUUGUCUUGAUUUAUCAUUACAUCUGGUCAGAAUGUUACCCUGUCAGUAAAUGGACAUGCCUUGUAAAAACAGAUUUCUAUCCAGUUUUCCUUCAGAUUAAUUUAGGGGCUUCUAUACAACAUUUGAUUUCUGUAUUGCGUACUUCCACGAUUGGGUUGAACACAAACAGAACCGAGUGCAUAAAUGAGUUUUCAAAAUGUUUUUUAGGGGGGGGGGGGGUGCCAAGGACAUAGAGAUCAAAAGUUGUGUAAAAGCCCUGUAAGGAACAAGAGAAAUGUAUUGAUUCCUUGUAGAUACGUAGAUAAAUUAUUUGUUGGCAUUAAUUUUUGUAUAAAUAAUUAUUUUUAUCUAAUCAAAAUUGUAGUAGGUAAUAAGACAUAAAUUAAAAAUGUUAAGUUUUUUUAACACCUCUACUUACUUUACUAUAGGAGUAAACAUAAAACCGUCAAUUUUUCGCGAGAAGUAAUUUUAUAUAAUAAAUAUACUAUAUUUUAAUAUUCACUUAUAAUUAGAUACUUAGGUGGGUAACUAAUUAAUUUUUUUUUCAGAAUAGGUACAGUAAUCAUAUUUUUAUUGAACCUGUGAAUUGAUAAAUUUAUUGUGGUAAUUUUUUAUACCUAUUUUUUAACUGAAAACUCAUACAAGAUAUAUAUAUUUAUAGACAAGACGAGUCACCUAAUAAUUUAAGAUCGAAAUUAGAAACUAAAAAUAAAAUUAAUUUUCGUACACUUUUUUUUGUGAGUACUUACCUGCUUAUCUGAUAAUCAUAUAAUUGUGACUGAAUUGAUAAUUACUACCUAAAUCUAAUAGGUACUUAUGUUAUUUAAUAAUAAUACAAAAAAAAAAGAAUUAAAGUAAAUACCGUGAAAUUUGUUGUAUAGUUCUAGUUAUUAUUAUUAUUAUUAUUAUUAUUAUUAUUAUUAUUAUUAUUAUUAUUAUUAUUAUUAUUAUUAUUAUUAUUAUGAAAUAAUUAGAAGCUCUAAUAUAAUGUAUAUUAUAAUAUAUUUAUUUUUGAAAACUAUGAAUAAAUUAUUUUGAAAUAUUAUACUGUUUACUUUUUGUGUUGCAUUAUUUAUAUGAAAUUGGUAAAUUUCAAUUUUUCAAUCCUCUGCUUAUUGGUAAAAUCAUUUUAUUAUUACAUAAUAAAUAAUAAAAACCAACUGUGAGCUUCAGGAUACUGGUGAAUUCUCUGGUCCUAGAUCACAUAAUAUUGUAUGGACAGGCGCGCAUUCUGAGUUUCCCUGUGAACCCCUUAAAUGGUUUAAACCUCCAUAGAAAUUUUAAAACCCCCGAAAAAAAAUAAAAAUAUUGGAUCAUCUUUUGAGAAUGUGGAGUAUAACAGUAGGUACCUAUCAAUCAUUUUAUUUAUCAUACAGUUGUCUGAUAUGUAUCUAGUAUACUCAUUUUAAUAACCUAUUUAUAUAUAUUUGUGUAAAUUAUCCGAUUAUAAAUUGUAAUAUUGAUGGUUUAUCAUUAUAUAGCAGGUAUCUAAUUCAUUACUCGUAACAGUUAAUAUAGACAAAUAUUAAUUGGACAAUAUACAUAAUUAGGUGUACACAAAAAUAAAUACUCGCUCCGCUCGGAAUCUAAAAUCAUGAAUUACAUUAAUGAAUGUUCAGUAGAAAUGGUUCUACCGUGGUGCGACAAUAGAAAACGGAUUUACUUAUGAUCAAAAAAAUCAUAGGUUUAGAAGACAAUAAGGAAGCGUGGUUAAAUUGCAAAUUAAAUUAAAGUACAUAGGCAGGAAGGUGCCCCAUGCCUAUGCGUACUUGCUGUACCAUAUAUUUUAUGUUGUACAAACUAUUUGUACUAUUAGAACCGGGAAAAGCUGAAAAAUGUAAAUUCGAACAAAUUAACAUGCGAUUUCAUUAUUUGAAAUUUAUAAGGCUUAUGUUAAUAUUUAUGGUCACUAAUUAAAAAACGACAAGAGGCCUUUUUUGUAUUUUUUUGCAUUUUAAUUUAGCUGAUGGGGAAGAAAGUUGUUUUUUUAUUUUCCCUGUAUUUUUUUUUUAAUAAUUGAGCAAAACCGAAAAAAACGUAAGAAGAAUGGGGAAAUUUACAAAAAUAAUGCUUUUAUUAUUUUUAAUUAAUUUUUUUUUUUUGUAAUUCAGUUAGAAAUAUUCGUAGACUUGAAAUUUGACAGAAAACUUAUAUUUGUUUUUUCUAGACGUGGUAUAAUUUUAAAAACAUUUUUUAGCUGUUUAUGGACAUUUAAAUUUUGUGAGUUUUACGUAAUUUUUAUUUGGCAGAUACACUGUGGACUGUGGAUACAAUUGUUAGACUAAACAUAAAUGCUUGACAAUUUGUCAGGAGGUUCAUUAUAAGUUGUACCCAGUGGUCAAAAAUAAAAUUGAUUCUACUACGGUAAUUUUUUUUUUAUACAAAUUUGAAUGUUAAAUUUUGACCGAAAUCGUAAAUAAAACGCCUUUUAAAAUAUGUAUAAUAAUCGAAUUUUGCUCCGUAGUGCGAAUCAGUUUUUCGUUACCAAUGGUUUAUCGUUGCUUACAGAUAUAAAUUAAAUAACUUUAUGUAUUCUACCUUCCUUACAUCCCACCUAUAACAGUAAUUAAUAUAGGCAUAUUGAACAAAUAACUAAUAAGUAAGUAAUAAAUAAAAUAUUAAUAUUUAUCGAAGACUGUUGUAGCCUUUUUAGGUAUAAGUCGUAGGUAUGCUACAAAUGUAGAUAUUAAAUGUAUUAAUGUUACUAUUAUUUUUACACGCUUGAUGUCACGUUAUCCCGUACUUACAACAAUUCUAACCGGUACCAAAAAUUAAUUAUCAAACACGAUACUAAUCGAAUUUCAAAAACAGAAAGUGUCACUCGGAAUUUUACUAUAAUUGGAGAUUUAUCUAUUAUAGAAUCAUGACAAUUUUCCUCCGACCAUAAAUUAUACAAAUUGAACUUGAAGUCAAUACAUUAAAUAUAUAAAAAAAAACUUAUUAAGUUAAAAGUUCAUCAUGUAAAAAAUAUUUCGUUACUCGUUAGUUAAAUUUAACCAACAUUAACUUGCAUUUUUAUUCAAAUUUAAAUUUUAACGCAUUAAUGCUCAUAAAACCUGUAUAUCUGCAAGUAUAUUUUUAUGAACUUAUAAAAAAUUGACUAAAAAAAUAUAAUGUUAUUUUGAUGUGAUCCGGUGAUAAAUUUAAAUUAAAUUGCUUCCAUCUACGAAGUAAAACCCUAUUCGAAUGCUCGAUAAUCGAGUUUCAUUUAGCCUUUUCUCCUAAUUUUACAAAUUGUUUUCGGUUCGACCGCAUACGCUGGUCAUAGCUCAAAAGGACAUAUCUAGGUUAGUAUCUAUAUUAUAUAGUCGUAUUUGUCUUUCUCGCGUGAUGAAGCGGAGAAAAACGAGUUCGACCAUGUAUGGUAGGCAAUCCAUUUUGUAGAUAAACUGCUUUGGUAUUAAAAAAAUAAUAAUAAUAAUAAUAAUAAUAAUAAAUCAUAAUUUCAAGGACGUCUGAUAGUUUCUUUUUAUUAUUACCUGUAUAUAAUAAUGAGUAUGGCUAUUAAAGAAUAGUUAAAGACGAUUUACAGUGUGAUUGGGACGUGUAAUUAGACGAAGUGGAGAUGUGUUAAUCAGUGGCAAAAUGAUGGAGCAGAGUGAAUAAAUGAAGCCCACAGGAAGUGAGUUUGGAAAGAGUUUGGUGGGAAGCAGAGAUGAAUCGACAAAAGUAAAAAGGAUCUAGGCCAACUGGGAAUAGACAAUUUUAACGAAAUAGCUCGGGGCGGAGACAGAUGAAGAAGUGUUUGUUUAACAGCCAUUGGCCUCAACGGCAUCUAGAGUUGAAAGAAGAAAAAUAAUAGUUGCUUAUUUAGAAUUGGGAUUUAACAACAUUUUCCAAACAAAGGGGAGAUUUAUAAUCGAUCCGUGUGAGCUAUUUACAAUCGGUUUAAAUAUGUUAUUAUUACUUACCUACCUAUAAUAUGAUGGAACGAUAACGGAUCUCGGUGAGUAGUUCGGUUGAUUUGAUUCGGUAUCUCGACCAACCAAUAUAAAUAAUUUCUCUUGUAAUGUACAAAACUAUUCAUUUUGUUCUUGAAAAAUGAAAAUAAAUAGGAUAAAGUAUUCGGCCGGGCGCGUGUAUAUGUAUAAUAAGUUUUGAGAUAGAUAUUAUAUACUAUGUACUUUUUUUUCUUUUUUUUUUUUUUACGCACGAAAAUUUUUCGGGUUUUUGUUGUACUGUAACUGCAUUAUGAUAUACACCUACCUACUUAAUCGACAAACAAAACACCGAGACUUUAUUACAGUUGACUAUACGGUUUAUUUUUUUCCGGCUUAUGGUUUCGGCUGAUAAGUAUUAUAAUAUACCUAGGCACCCACUAUUAUUAAACUGUGAUGUUUUUUUACUUGAUACCUACCGCCUACUUAAAUUUAUCCGGUUAACAUUCAAAUUCACGCCUUAUUCAAAUAAAAAAAAAUAUUUUACUUAAUGUUAUUUUUUUUUUUUUUUUUACAGUAUCGUGUUGGCCAACUUUACAUGAUCGCCAGACACAGUUAUGAACAGACGGAGAACGGAGAAGGCGUGGAGACCAUAAUUAAUGCUCCCUGCGAAGAUCCCGUCCACGGCAAAGGACAAUUUACCGAAAAAAGGAUACAUUUGUCAACGUAAUUAUAUUUUAUACAUUAUCUUUCUCAUAGGCGGACAUUUGGUUUAAGUUUUAGAGGGCUAUAAUAAUCCAAUAUAUAGUGAUCCGCAUGGGCUUCACCCUGCACUUCCUUCCUAUACACAAGUAUAACACAUUACUAAUAAAAAUAUGGAUAUGUUUAAAUUAUAAUAAAAAAAAAAACACUAAAUAACGUAUGUAUAUUUAAAAAUCAUUAAUAUUUUAUUUUUUUUAAUAACAAAUAUUUGUUUUUACCAGAAAAUAUAUUCAAAAUAUCAUUUUUAUUAAUAUUUUCGGACAUGCAUUUUUUAAUAUACAGUAUAGAGAGAUCGCUGAGUCUAUUCUGAAACAUCGAUGUCCUUAGCCAAGUUUUUAUUUUUCUCAUUGCACUGAAACUUCGUUCACAAGUAGCCGAACCGAUGGGUAUCGUUAAUGCUAUUGUAAAUAGUUUAUGACAAGGCAUCUAUUGGAUAUCCACGUGACCGUGUGUUCGUAAAUUCAAUGAAUUCGGUUGUCACUGGUGGCGCUGGAUUUGAUUGUUCUUAAAUAAACUGAUGGCCAUUGUCUAUGAUUUUUAAUGAUAUUUUAUUUGCGCCAUUUGUUGGUUAAAUAUUGUUUUACAAUUUUCAAAAAAAAUGAACUGAUAAUUAUUAAACCAAAUAACAGCAAUAAUAUCAUUCCGAAUAAAUGUUCGAUAUUGACAUAUUUGGGGGUGCUAAGUCCCCAUAAGUUCCCCCUUCCCCGAUGAUCCUUUUACUGUAUUAUAAUAAAGAGGAAACGUUUGUUUUCUUAUUAUGGUUACUAAAGUGUUGUACGAUACUUUAUAUCAAAAAAGUUAAGAUAAGAUGACGUGAAAGAACUUUAUGGGUUACCGUAGUGAUUAAUAUCAUGCAAUAAUAAAAAAUCCUUUAUUCAUUGUUUUUGAUUUAUGGCAGUACAAUUCAUAGACCGUUUAUUAACGAAUGGACGGCGUAUAAAAAGAGACAUUGCAAGACGCUAUGGAGUGAAAGAGAAGAAAACAUAGUUAUACCUCUCACGCUACAUCGUUUAGGGGGUGCGAGGGGAAAAUUACCAUCAGUUAAUAAUCGGUAUAUGCCUCUACGGUACAACUAUAGUAAUCAUAACCGCAUCCAUGUAAACAUCACGGUAUGAUAAACCACGUAUUAUCGUAUCGUUUUCUCUUUUAUGAGUUUUUCACUCGGGUGUUCUAAAAUCGUUUGAAAAUAACAACAUUUUAUAAGUUAUACAAGAACUUUGUAAGUAAAUUGGAUAUUAUAUUGAUAGUCUGAGAAAUAAGGGUGAAAGGGGGGUUAGAGGAAGUGAUGAAAUGGCUGCUUGUGAGAGGGAGAGGUCGGUGGGGUGUAGGGAGUUACCACUGACAUUUAAUUUGUCUAUAGACAAUGCUGUCGUGCGGGACAGCUAUACAUAAAAAAUGUUGCGUUUUAACGACAUACGUGACUUUUUUAAGAGUUAGGUGGACAGUUAGUCUUUGAGAGUUUCGAAAUGAUAAUAAUACCCAUAUAAUGCGAGUUUAUAUUAUGUUUUAUAUAUAGAGAGAGAAGACACUAACUAAUAGCUAAUAUAAGUAAUAGGUAACGCAUACCAUUUAUACAAGUUAUUAUUAUUGUUAUUGUACUUUCACGAUAGGAAAUCAAUAUAUUUUAGUGUGUAGUGAACUUAUUAAAUGCUGCUUUAAAGUAAACAAUUACAGUUUUAAUAAUUUUUAUGAAAAAAAAAACUAUAUUAAUUCCAGAUCGUAUACUCAGACAAUUUGAACGUGUAAGUUUCGUCGUUAGUGCUUGGAUUAAAAAAGCCCUAAAAGAAAAAAAAAAACCUAUUGAAAAAUGAUUACAAUAAAAAUGCCUUGUGAGCAGCAGAGCUCAGCCGCAGUCAGAAUAUUUCCCCGCCUAUUUUUUGUUAUAGAAAUAAUCUUUGUAAAACAAUAAACAAGUAACAACCAAAUAAACUAUAAUAUUACAAUACUAUAACACAGGUACAUAACUAGGAUUUUUGUAAUGGGUGGGGAGUGGGUGUUUUAAUUUUAUGCUUAAAUACAACUUAGGGUGGCUGCUUUACACAUCCUCCAUGUAUUUAUAAAAUCACAUAAACAAACUAUAAUGAUAUAUUCAUAGAAAUAUUUAGAGACAUUUUGUAAAAAAAAAACCCAAAGCGUUUAAUGUAUAAUAUAUUUUUGGCUUUAAUACGCCUUAAAAAAGGGUGUUUCCACAUUCGAAAUAUACAACCCUGGCUAAGUGUCAGAUACUACUUUCAAAAAAGUGCGAAAUAAUAUCGACGGGAUGGGGGUUGAAAGUUGAAAUCCCAAAAACUCAAAGGCAUAUCCUUGAUCCUAACUCAAUGUAUAUAUUGUACGAAAUGUAAUCACUCUAGGUUUAUUUGGGGGUCUGAAUGGAUAUUUAAAGUUUUAAAACUCCCGGCUCCCGCAACAUCAUAUGCUGAAAUUUAUAUUGGAAUAUAUUUAAUUCGAUUUAUAUCACUUCGAUCAAAAAUAUACUUUAUAAUUUCCGAAUUUGAGCUUAUUCAAUCCAGAGUUUCGUUAGAAGUGUCUAAAAGUUGCGGGAAAAUGAUGGAUACAAUACAGUACAUAGUAGUCUCUGUUAUGGAAAACUAGAGAAAAAUGCAAAACUAAAACAAUUUUUUUUCUGUUACGUGAAUAUUAGGUUUUAAAUUAUGUAAUCAGAAUGCGUUGCACUUUAUAAUGAAAUCCGGGUCCUAUUCAUUUAUAAUGUAGAUGCUUUAAAAAAAUUGACUGAUAAAUUAUUAACAAACAAUUUCAUUGAUAGAUUAUUAUGUAUUAAUUCUAAAGUGGUCACUUCCUGUGAAGUUAAAAAAUAUAUGUUUGCGUUGUUCAACGAUAAUAAAAUUACUAACAUUUGUUUAAGUCAUUUAAAUUUUGAACUUCGAUGUUUUUUUUUAUUAAAAACAUGCGAAAAUAAAAAAAAAAAUGCAUGAGUAAACUGUGACAGAAAAAAUAAUAAAUAUUAUAUACACUGCGAUAAUGCCGAUAAGGUGUAUUAUACUAAUUUUGAUAAUUUCAUGAUAGACACUAUCAUAGUAAAGCGUUUACCGUUCGGUUUAUUGUUUAACAGUUUAAAACACAAUCUGAAAUUCCUUUACAAAUGAUUGUCUAUGCAGUACCUAUAUAAAUUGUCUAUUUUUACCUACAAUCGUAUUUUCGUAUUUGUUUUUUGUUCAAAUAAUGUUUAAUUUUCUUUUUACUUAUUAUUAUUAUUUUUUGUUAUAGUCGUUUGCCGUUUUGGAUUCAAGCGAUUAUUCCCAAAGUAUUUUACAUCAUUGAAAAAUCGUGGAAUUAUUAUCCUUUUACGAUCACAGGUAAACUUAUUAUAUUUUAUGAAAUAAUAAUAAUUUUUUUUUACCUAGGUUCCAUAAGAAAUUGGAUAGGUAUUUUAGAUUAUUAGCGAGGAAUGUAUUGGUUUUACAAUGAUGUUUAUUAUUAUUUUUUUUUUUAAUCGAACAACCCUUAUAUUAGCAAUUUUGCUCCAAUUUUCAAGUGUAGCACUUUUCUAAAAGGAAAAACGGACUGGCGUGGUACUUUAUUUUCAGAUUUCCUAGGAGUUUUCAUAGUAAAUGUGAAAAAAACGUAGGCAAAUGGGAAAAUGUACGAAAUGUAUUAUUUUAAAAUCGCAAAUAUUACGGCCUUUUAAAACAUGUAUUACCGAACUCCGCUUAGAAUCGUUUUUCGUCAGCAAUGGUUAAUCGUUGAGUGCAGAUAUACAUUCAGUUUUCCCUCUACCUUCCCAACUUUUCACCUUAAACAGUGGCCCAUUCAUCGUGCGAAGUAUGUCCGUUUGUUUUUAUUAAUACACUUAUCGAGUUUAAUAUAAUAAGAAAACUUAUUUUUUCCUCUAAAAAGUAAAACAUAUACUACUGAAAAAUAUUGACAUACACUGCUGAAAAAAACUACUUUAAUUCGCUUUCUACAAAAUAAUGCAUAGGUACCUAUAAAACUAUAUUUUAUUAUUAAUGUUUAUGCAUUUUAUAUAUUUACAUAUCGAAUAACUAAAUAAAUACACCGCGGUAUUUAAUAUACUACUUCUGGUUCCGUUUUGAAUAAUAAUUUUGUUUUUGUUUUAUUAUAAUUUUAAUAUUAAUUCGAAACGUUAAUUCAAUAGCGUGUACACGGUGCACUCGUGUAAUAAAGUCACAAAACGACUAAAUGUUAUCCACAUUUUCAUUUAGGCAAAAAUGUAUACAUUUUGUACUUUAAUUUUUACGAAGUAAAUAGUUAUUAGUUUCUGUACAAUUAUAUCGCGGCACGGUUAAAAACGUAUGGUUAUUUUUAUGGAUGUUGAAAAAUUAAAUAAAAAAAUUUGGAUGCUAACGAUGUAAAUUACGACGAUAAAUAUUACUAUCGUUUAUUAAAUUAAAAAUAAUUUCUCGAUUUUUAUGUAUCUGUUUUGUAAAAUUGAUGUAAUAUUAUUAUGUAGUGUUCAGUUUUAAAAUUAUUAGUGAUUAAAAAUAAAAAAAAUAAAUAAAAACUUUUUAUGAUUUUUAUCGACAUUUUAACUUCAACCGUUUAUUUUGUUAGUAUUGGUUAAAUUGUUGUUAUUGCAUAAUAUUGUUUAUACCAGUAAGCGUCAGUGUCGUAUUGAGGUAACAGAUUAGGAAAGGUUAUUAGGAAAAUUAUAUCUCAACUUUUACAUUUUUUAUUUUAAAAAUCCAUUAUUAAUGCAAAUUUAUAUUUUUUUAAAAAACUUAGUUUCAGUUGUAAUAUUAGAGGAGGUUGAAUUACAAUAAUUAUUUCCCAAUAUAUAAUAUGUAUAUAAACACUAAACAUUUUUUUUUAGUCUUUACACCAGUGUUGGUUGUAUAAAUACGACACAAUGUUCAAAUUAAUUGUCUCCUUCCUAGACAAAAUCAUAAAUAUAGGCCACUGGUAAGGAUAAUACCCACGUCGAAACUUUACAAUAACAGCGAUUUUCGAGCUUUUUUUUUUUAUCGAGUCAGAAAACGAAUAAUAUUUUAAAUUAACUAAGUCCGUUAUUGCAUAUUUGUGACGUAAACGUUUUUAGUCGAGUUCGAGUUCCAACCUGUAUAAUAUUAUUAAUAAUAUGUGAUGUUUAUUUUGUUUGAUUUUAUGUCUGCCGAAAUCGGAAUUUCAGAGUACACUGUAAGUAUAUCGGCUAGUAUACUACGCGAUCAGUAAAGUUGGUCAGCGUUAUUUCUGAAUAAACUAUAAUAAUAUAUAUAUAUUUUUUUUCAUAAUUCUCGCAGUGUUCGUUCAUUCCGAAGUUGAGCGUUACCAUCCAUACCAAAUUUGAAGAUAACUCCGGAAUUACAGAAAAUGUAAUUCACAAUAUAAUUAUUUAUCUUAUUAUAAUAUUAUAUUUUUAAUAUUUUUACCAAUUCAAUUAUAUAUAUAGGGUGAUUUUUUUAUUUUUUUAUUACGAAUCAGUAAUUUUCUCGUAUGGCUUUUAGUAAAUUUGUUCUGUUUAUUAUUUUUUUUUUUUGAGUCAUUGUAUAAACGUUUAAGCUGUAUUUUAAAACAAUUUUCAAUUUAUUAUCCCUACUCUAUAUACCCUAAAUAAAUGUAUACUUUUAAUUUUCAAAUAGGAACCCCUUCUUUUAAACACAUAUUUGAAAAGAGAAUAUUUUUUAGAAAUUUUGGUAUGCAUAACAUUAAUAUCAGAUUUAUCGUUUAUAACCGUUUGAAGUUUAGACCGGAGAGGAAUAGGGAAAAGUUAUUAAUUUAUCAUUUAAAUAUAUACAGGCAUACAAUUUAUUAUCCUUGAUAAAAAAAUCACUUUGUCUAUUAUAUUAAUUACGGGUUAAUUGUUUAACUCAAAUUAGCGAUUAUUUUGUUAUAUAGAUUAUAGAUAUUAAAUCAUGAUUGAGAUGUUUGAAAUAUUGUUUUUUUUAAUUAAUUUUAAACAUUAUUUUUAAUAACUGUUGUUUUUCAACUUAUUUAAAAGAAAAAAAAAAUCAAUAUUUAUAAUAUAUGUUAUGUUCUAAUAUUUUAUAAUGUUCAAUAUUAUAAUACAUAAUUAAAAGUGUAUUAACUUAGUUGAAACUUAAAACCAAAGAACGUUGGUACAAUUUAUAAAAUUCUUUACUAAAUAACAUAUUUAACAGUCUUGUUCAUGAAAUAACAACUAAGGUAUAAAACGCAAGUUAAAUACUUAAGUACAAUAUUGUUAUAUUAUUAUUACUACUAUUCUUGAAAUCUAUAUUAUAACAGGUAAUCUACUGAUAUGUUCUCAUAUUUUCGAAUCAGCGAGUUUAGAAAUAUAGGUUACUAUUUGAAAAUCAAUAGUUGAGACAAUGUAUUAUUAUGGGGGAAAUAGGUACUUAUAAACGCUGAAUAAGGAUAUUAUAAAAAACGGAAUGAAAUUUACUAAAAAUCUUCAUUUAACAGAUAAUUGCUGAUUUAUGAUAAAAAAAAAAAAUAAAAAUAAAAAUAAAAAAUACCUUGCAAUUUAAUGAUAGCACAUUUUUUGUGUUUUUUCGUCGACAAUGUAUAUACAGUGCCUCGGAUUGACCGGCGAAAAACUUGUAGAGAGGACCGUGGAUUUUAUCGACAUCGCGUACGACGAAGUCAGCUCUAAACACUACAGAGAAGACGAGGUAUACCUAAAAAAAAAAAUAAAAUAAAAUAAAAAAAUUGUAUGCAUUAUGUUACGUGUAAUGCAGCCAUCUGUGUAUAUAUAUAAUAUGUAUGUAAUGUGUUGUCUAUUGAUAAAAAUAUGUAUACGUGCUCGUUUUUUAUUCACUGCAUUUUUUUUUUUUUUUUUAUAGGAUCUGAAGUUUUUUCAAUCGAAAAAGACCAUGAGAGGUCCGUUGACGGAAAAUUGGAAAAAAACUGUUUCGCCGAUAAUGUGCUCGUACAAAGUGGUCGAGGCGUCGUUCGAGGUGUGGGGCAUUCAAUCCAAAGCCGAAGAAUACAUACAAAAAGUACCUAUAUAAUAAUAUUAUGAAGGUACCUAUAUAAAAUAAUGGAACGAAAAAGGGGCUUUAAGGUGCAGUAUAAUGCGCGGUGUGACUCUUAGCCCGGAAAAAUAGAAAAAUUCCGAUUUUAUCUAGAAAAUGCCCUAACAUCAUAUAUUAAAACUCGUAAAAUUGUUGGCGAGUAUUUUUCGAGCGAAACAUAGAAGAAAAAAAAGCUGAUAUUGUUGAUGGAUGUGCCAAUGUUGUAUAGGCGGGAAGUGGGGAAGGUCGCAUACCUAUUAUCCGGUAAUAACUCAGUUUCAUCAGAAAUUAGACAUGCCAUUUAUAAUACGAAUAUAUUAUACAUAAUAAUAUAAAACAAUACAUUUUAUAAUACUUAUAGUACUACUAAUGAUACGGUUUGUUGAUGUAAUGAAUUUAUGUAAAUUGCACUACAUUAUAACAGUAUCACCGAAAAAAAGAGUUCGGGAGGGGUACGUACUCCCCACCCCCCCAAUGCACCUACCCUGGAACGGCACUGCGCCCAAUCCAAUUCCGAACCGCUGACUCUGUAAUGAUUAUGGACUAAUAUAAAAUCUUGAUCUAUGGUUAUACAGUGUGAUCAAUUCUCGAUAAGAUAUAGGAUAAGAUAAGGAAUUUUAUUAUUGGACAACUUAUAUAGCAAGUAGCUCUAAAAUGUUACAUUUUUAUCCCUUAUUUUCGGUAGUGAAAUCACUAUCCAAUUUUCUUCUUCAUUCCAAUUAUUUGGGAUCGGCCACUCUCGUCUUAAAUUUCCAUUUGACCCAUUUAUCUCUCCCGCUUUCCUCCUACGUCUUUUUCUGUUACAAUUCUUACUGCUUUUGAUUUUCCUCUCAUUAUGACAUGCCCAAACCAUGUCAGUCUAUUUUCUCUCAUUUUGUUCAUUAUCGCAGCCACAUCUAAGCUACCUUUUCUGUACUCAUUUCUUAUCCUAUCUUCUCUGGUCACUCCACUUAUCCACGUAAGCAUUCUCAUCAGUGCUACACUUAUUUUAUUUUCUAACUGUCACUCAACACCCCAAACCAUAUAACAUACUCGAAUCACUACUCAUUUUUGAUUUUCAAAUAGCAAACUGGAUAGGUAUAUUAAAAGUUCCAUAAAUUGGUUGACGUUUAAAUUAAAGUAAAUUUUAGUUAUUUUAAUUUUAAGUUUGAGUUGGGGGAAAGUAGUGGAUCAUGCUUUGUGUGAAUGCGCAGCACGCGACAUUUGGGUAUUGUAGAAAUGUUUGAAAAUUGUAUACAAGGGUCAUCGAAAUUUUUUUUUCUGGACAGACGAUUCGUGAGAUACUGUUACUUGGGCACCGGCAGGCAUUCGCGUGGAUCGACGAUUGGAUAACGAUGACCAUUGCAGACGUACGGAGUUACGAAUGUGAAAUGCAGCGCCAGACCAAUACUAAAGUCAACGCUGCUUGCACAUUAUCAGGCCCAGAGAACUACGAGGUUUCGAGGCCGUUAUCACCACUACCUGGUAACCCUGACGGAAACGGACGACAAACUCCUGAACUAUCGCCUCAGAGACAGAAUCAGUCGAAUCCUCGCAGAGAGCUUCGUAACUCUUCGUCUGGAUGGCUCUCGCGACAAUGA